AUGGCAUCCAAACUCACUCCUUAUGUCUUCAGAGGCGCGUUCCGGACAGCCCGUACGGCUUCAAGAGCUCAAUGCCGUUCUUUCACAGCUUCCCCAAGGGUAGCAAGUGAUGCGCUCCAAGUCCAUCGAGACUCUCCCGAGAACAAUGCCAACAUUCCCUUCAAGUUCACCGAGCAGAACAACAAGCUCAUCGACGAGAUCCUCAAACGAUACCCGCCCCAAUACAAAAAGGCGGCUGUUAUGCCCAUCCUGGAUCUCGGGCAGCGACAACAUGGGUUCACGAGCUUGAGCGUUAUGAAUGAGGUUGCGAGGUUAUUAGAGAUGCCGCCUAUGCGUGUCUAUGAGGUUGCUACGUUCUAUACCAUGUACAAUCGAACGCCGGUCGGCAAGUGGCAUUUGCAAGCAUGCACAACGACCCCUUGCCAGCUCGGCGGCUGCGGAAGCGACGCUAUCAUGAAGGCAAUUGAAGGCCACCUCGGUAUCCACCCCGGCGAAACCACCAAAGACGGCCUUUUCACGUUCUCUGAAGUCGAAUGUCUCGGCGCAUGCGUCAACGCCCCCAUGGUUCAAAUCAACGACGACUUCUACGAAGACCUGACUCCCGAAAGCACCGUGAAAUUGCUAAAGGCCUUGCAAGAUAGCGCGAACGAUGUCGAUACUACCGGUGGCAAGGGUGCUCUGACUGGCGAGGACAAAAACGUGAAGAGUGGAGCUGAUGUGGGAGUGGGUGGAGGACAGAUAAAUACCAAGAAUGGCGUGCCGGUGCCUUCACCGGGUCCGAUGAGUGGGAGGAAGACGUGUGAGAAUAUCAACGGGCUGACGAACUUAACUUCUAAGCCUUGGAGUACUGAGGUUUUCAGAAAAGAUCUGUAG